CCUGUCCCGUUACUACUGCACUAAUACUGAACUUUGUCUUAUGGUAAACACGAAGUGUUACAACAGGACGCACGGACCAAAGGUCGAUAACCCAACCGCUCGGUUAAAAAAGCGAAAUGCAUGGUAGUUAAAUCGGUGAGCGCUAAUCGGACUGAGGCAAGACAUUAAACGGGGCUCACGCGCGAGCAUAAAAUGCGAAUAAAUACGACUUCUCAUCAAAUACGAUGACUUUGACGAAGUUAACAAAUUUUGGGGAAUAGCGCCACUGUUAAAAGGAACAAACGCAUUAAUUCUGUAACCCUCGCUUCUCUUAGGGUCUCUUCGCCAUCAUCAUGAACUUCUUUUUGGAAACGCUUCAUCUGCUCGUCAUGUCGCUGUUCUACAGCGUAGAAGCAUUCGUUCGGAUGUUUAUACCGGCUCGGAAGAAGAAUGUGUCCGGGGAGAUCGUGCUGUUGACCGGGGCGGGCAGCGGCAUCGGCCGCCUGAUGGCCCUUGAGUUCGGGCGCCUGGGCGCGCGCCUUGUGCUGUGGGACAUCAAUGAGGAGGGGAAUAAAGAGACCGCGCGCAUGAUUAAAGAAAUGCACGGAGCGCGAGCGUACACGUAUACCUGUGACUGUAGCGACAGGGAAGAAGUGUACAGAGUUGCAAACCAGGUGAAGCGUGAGAUUGGUGAUGUCACAAUUUUAAUAAAUAAUGCAGGAAUUGUUACUGGGAAGAAGUUCUUGGAGUCUCCUGACGCCCUUAUAGAGAAGUCUAUGCAGGUCAACAGCCUGGCACAUUUCUGGAUGUACAAGGCGUUUCUCCCAGCAAUGAUUGCUAGCAACCACGGUCAUGUGGUCAGCAUUGCAAGCUCUGCUGGACUUAUUGGGGUAAAUGGACUGGCAGACUAUUGUGCGAGUAAGUUUGCUGCAGUUGGCUUUGCUGAGUCCAUGGCGCUGGAGCUGCUGGCCACUGGCUGCGAUGGAGUGAAGACCACCAUAGUCUGCCCCUUUUUCAUUAACACUGGCAUGUUUGACGGCGCAUACACAAAAUGGCCCAGACUCAUGCCUAUUCUAGAGCCGGAUUAUGCAUGUAGGAAAAUUGUGGAUGCUGUUCUAAGAGAACAGGUUCAUUUGUAUAUGCCUCGGAGCAUCUACCUAGCCAUGGUUUUGAAGAAUUUGUUACCCACAAAAAUGGGCGUGCUGCUUGGUGAAUAUCUGGGAGCGUUCAGCUUCAUGGCUAAGUUCAAAGGUCAUGGAAAGAAGAGCAACUAAUUUCCACCAUUGGACAAAUCACAGAAUGACAGGAAACAAAAAGCAGAGUGCUGCCAUGAGUACUUAGGGAGUGAGAUAAAUAGGUUUGGAUAAAACAAGCAUGGAAAACUUAGUAGGCCUACUUUGUGCAACACUAUAACAUGCAAUCACUGAGACUUGACUUUUUUUUUUUUUUUGAGAAGCACUUACUCCUUAUUUUUAGCAUUUAACAUGCAACAUUUUAACAAUUACAUGAAAUCAGUCUCUGUUUAAAAAUAAUAAUAAUAAUAGCGACAAACUCGUCUUGGGCCAGUUGCACGUAAUUUGCUCCCAAAUUAAGGAUUCUUUUUAAGGAUACUUGGGCACAGAAUAAUCAUAGACUUAAACUUUUACAAAUGUUGUAGAUGAGACUUCUUUUCAAUAGAUGUGAUUAUUCUGUGAUUGGUACGCUGAAAAAAGUGGUAACCUGAUAUAGUAACCGUAAGCAUCUAUUCUUACUUGAGCCUAUAAUGCAAGGUGAUGUUGUCUAAUGGACUACACAACAUGCAUUUAGCUUCCCCUUGGUAGACUUCUGUAUAUCAUGUGGUACAUUAUUAUUCAUGUGUUAAUAAGGAAAAUGCAUGAUGUGAAAUGUUCUAAUAAAAUGUUCAUUUAAAAUUU